CCCGGCGGCCGCUACGGCACGGGCUGGCGGGCCUGGGUCAUGGCCGGCGGGGCGGCGCCGCGGGGGGCCGAGCUGCUGGCCUUCGCGCGGUUCCGCGACUCGAGCCCGCAGCCGCUCGCCUACGGCUAUGGGCCGCGCAGCCUGCGAGACAUGCGCGAGCGCGAAUUCGGCCGCCUGGCAGAUGAAGGAACAGGGACCCAGGAUGGCUAGUGGUGGAGGAGGAUUCAGUCAGGUAGUACAUUUACACAGCACUCAGAAGGUGCCAAAGGAGGGUAAAGAAUGCCCAGGGAGUCCCGCUCACUCCAGCUGCGGCCAUGGUGACGGCCCCAGGGUCAGCUCCUGCUACUCGUGUCUGGUGUGCCUUUUGACUUGUGGUCUAUAUUUUUGUAACCCUCACAGCCAGAACAUCAGCAGCAAGCUCACCCAUGACACUGUGGAGCACGUGCGCUACAGGAUUUUGGAGCACUUCCACACCUCCACAGAGGACUACAGCGUGAUUUUCACGGCAGGGAGCACGGCUGCUCUUAAACUGGUGGCAGAGGCCUUCCCGUGGGUGUCCCCGGGCCCAGAGAGCAACGGGAGUCGGUUCUGUUACCUCACCGACAGCCACACGUCCGUGGUGGGCAUGAGGAAGGUCACCACGGCCAUGAACGUCACUUCCAUCGCAGUCAGGCCGGAGGACGUGUGCGCGGCGGAGACACGGGGCACUGCUGCCAGUGACCCUGACUGCCAGCUCCUGCACCUCUUUUGUUACCCUGCUCAGAGUAACUUUUCCGGAACCAGAUACCCCCUGUCCUGGAUAGGAGAGGUCAAGGCCGGGCGGAUGUGCCCCGUGAGCGUGCCUGGGAAGUGGUUCGUGUUGCUUGACGCAGCCUCCUACGUGAGCACCUCGCCUUUGGACCUGUCGGUUCACCAGGCCGACUUUGUCCCCCUCUCCUUCUAUAAGAUCUUUGGAUUCCCCACUGGCCUGGGCGCUCUGCUGGUGAAUAAUCGUGUGGCUCCUCUGCUGAGGAAAACCUACUUUGGAGGAGGCACGGCCGCUGCGUACCUUGCAGGAGAAGACUUCUAUAUCCCAAGACAGUCGGUGGCUGAAAGGUUUGAAGAUGGCACCAUCUCGUUCCUUGACGUGAUAGCACUAAAACACGGGUUUGAUGCCCUAGAGCGCCUCACAGGUGGAAUGGAGAAUAUAAAGCAGCACACCUUUACCUUGGCUCAGUACACCUACACUGCCCUGUGUGCUCUCCGGUACCCCAAUGGAGCCCCUGCGGUGCGGAUUUACAGCGACUCUGAAUUCAGCAGUCCAGAGGUGCAGGGUCCUGUCAUCAAUUUUAAUGUUCUCGACCACAGUGGGAACAUUAUUGGUUAUUCCCAGGUGGAUAAGAUGGCCAGUCUUUACAACAUCCAUGUGCGAACUGGCUGCUUCUGUAACACUGGGGCCUGCCAGAGGCACCUGGGGAUAAGUGAUGAGAUGGUCAGGAAGCAUCUUGAGGCUGGUCACGUCUGUGGAGACGAUGUGGACCUCAUAGAUGGGCAUCCUACAGGAUCUGUGAGGAUUUCUUUUGGAUAUAUGUCUACACUUGAGGAUGCUCAGGCCUUUCUCAGGUUCAUCAUAGCAAUGCAACUGCACCAGUGUGAUGGCCAGCCUCUUCCUCAGACCACCCCUGGGGAGGUGGGAGCCCCAUCAGAGAGCGAGGCUCAGGACGCUGUGCCUGCCACCAUGGACAGAUGUAGUUCCUCACCUCGGAAAGAUGCUCCCACAGACUCUGGGGUUUCCAACGACUUGCCUACCACUGUGGCUGCAGUGGGUUUGUGCCCACCUCUGCCGAUGGCCACCAGAACCCAGCAGACCCCUUCAGAGAAAGCAGCAGGAGUCCUGGAUGGGGGCCUUGGGCCACGUGUCAUCACCAACCUUUACCUCUACCCGAUUAAAUCCUGUGCUGCAUUUGAGGUGACCAAGUGGCCUAUAGGAAGCCAAGGGCUGUUGUAUGACCGGAGCUGGAUGGUUGUGAAUCACAAUGGCGUUUGCCUGAGUCAGAAGCAGGAACCCCGGCUCUGCCUGAUCCAGCCCUUCAUUGACCUGCAGCAAAAGAUCAUGGUCAUCAAAGCCAAAGGGAUGGAGCCUAUAGCGGUGCCUCUUGAGGAAAAUGGUGAACGGACUCAGAUUUGCCAAAGCAAGGUCUGUGCGGACAGGGUAAAUACUUAUAAUUGUGGAGAAAAAAUUUCAAGCUGGUUGUCAAGAUUUUUUGGCCAUCCAUGUCAAUUGCUCAAACAAAGUUCAAACUUUCAAAGAAGUGCAAAGAAGCGGGUCAAAGAUCAAUCUGCUGGUUCAACAGCCACCCUUUCUCUGGUGAAUGAAGCACAGUAUUUGCUGAUAAAUAGACCCAGCGUUUUGGAGCUUCAGCAGCAAUUAAAUGCCAGUGAUGCGAAUGGAAAGGAGGAAUUAUUCCCGAUGAAAGAACUCAUCUCACGUUUCCGUGCCAAUAUUAUUACCAGUGGAACAAGCCCUUUUGAAGAAGAGACGUGGGAUGAGAUUUCAGUCGGUUCCUUGCGUUUCCAGAAUGCUUGUGUCUAUGGGAACAUUCUCCUCCUGGAACCUGUUGCACUUUCUUGAUGUCUGGUGCUGGUGGAGGAGGACCCAGAUGUCUAGUGGUCCCUCAGUGUCCGUGGCCACCACUCUACCUUCUUCCCACGCCCUGGCUUCCUGCCUUGCUGGCCUUUGUGGAGGAGCUUACAGUCAGAGAGGUGAAGCUGCCCCCUGCCCUCUCUCCCCAGGCUCCGGCUCCCCAAACAGUGCUGUGGGCUUGAAAAAAUGUGAGAGAGCCUUAGGCUAAAACCUACAUUCUUCCUUGGAGACAACAGGGCUCCUGAGACCUGAUCCCUCUGACCUCUCUAGCCCUCCCGUUGCCUGCCACACCAUCCGUCUCUACAUUUCCUAAACACGCCAAGCUUCCUGUCUCAGCGUGUCCCUUCUGCUUGGCGUGUUCUUCCUGCAGCCACUUCAGGGUCUCCACUCAGAUGGCACCUCCUUGGGAAGGUCAGGCUCUUAAGCAUAGCACCUGCUUAUUCCUUCAGAGCACACGAGGGUGGGGACUAGUAUGUUUUGUUCAGCUGUACCUCUAGGGCCCAGAACAGUCUUGGCCCAGAGUCAGUGCUCAAUAACCAUCGAGAGAAUGAAUGGACAGGAAAGAUAAGGAAUAGCUAGGGACAGAAGGAUGGGUCAUCUGCACAGAAUGUCCUUGGUACUUUAGUGGGGGAUGAUAUUAUCUUAAUAGUAAUAUUAUUAAUCUUGGUAUUCACCGUCUACCUUGGGGCUAUCUUGUGUCCCGGCUCUGCACUUGGAAGGAACACCACUGUGGUAUCCAGAAAAGCAGCAGGCAUUCAUUUAAAUCUUCCUGGAAGAAUGGUGGAGGUCUAGGGUUGUGGACGGCACUUAAAUUUCACGGCAUGAAGAAGUCCCAAAGAAUUUUUUUUAUCCACUUACCUCCCCAAACCUCCUCUUAUCCUGGCAGCUUUUCUUCCUUGAAAAAACAAUCUCUUCUCUCCCAGACAUUGACGCCCACAGGCCUCUCUCUGGCACCAGCCCUCCUGCUGUUCCUCCUCACCCCUGCAUCUGACUUACUCUUCUCUUCCUCAUUUCCUGUUUCUCUGUCCCUGCUGUGUCUUUAAAACACUUGCUCUUAUGUAUCCUGCCUGAUGCAGAGUAGGUAUUAAUACCUGUUGUUUGAUAAAUGGAGAGAAGGAGGAAGAAAAGGAAGAAAGGGAGAGGAGAGAGAAGGAACUAGAAUGAGCUUAUUGUCGCUGUCAGACAAUUCUGACACUGUUGUCACUUGGCAACAAUAGCAUCUGCAGUUUGUCAGCUACCUGGGGCCAUAAAUACAAGGAAGAUUCUUUAAGAAAUUUUUCUGAGAUGUUCUGCUCUCCUUCAUUUUUAUUA